AGCUGCUCCUGCUGAUCACUGCUAUGCUGCUCCAGAUGAUGACUGCUAUGCUGGACCUGAAGAUGUGGCCUGUGAUGUCUGCACUGGGAGGAAGAGGAAAGCUGUCAAGUCAUGUUUGUUCUGCCCUGCUUCCUACUGCAGGGAUCACCUCCAGCCUCACUAUGAUGCUCCACCAUUAAAGAGGCACAAACUGGUGGAUCCCUCCAAGAAUCUCCAGGAGAACAUCUGCUCUCGUCAUGAUGAGGUGAUGAAGAUCUUCUGUCGUACUGAUCAGCAGUGUAUCUGUUAUCUCUGCACUAUGGAUGAACAUAAAGGCCAUGAAGCUGUCCCAGCUGCAGCAGAAAGGGCUGAGAAGCAGAAGAAGCUCCAUGUGAGUCGACAACAAAUCCAGCAGAGAAUCCAGGACCAAGAGAAAGAUGUGAAGCUGCUUCAACAGGAGCUGGAGGCCAUCAAUAUCUCUGCUGAUAAAGCAGUGGAGGACAGUGAGAAGAUCUUCUCUGAGGUGAUCCGUCUCAUCCAGAAAAGAAGCUCUGAUGUGAAGCAGCAGAUCAGAUCCCAGCAGGAAACUGAAGUGAGUCGAGUCAAAGAGCUUCAGGAGAAGUUGGAGCAGGAGAUCCCGGAGCUGAAGAGGAAAGAUUCUGAGCUGGAGCAGCUCUCAGACACAGAGGAUCACAACCAGUUUCUCCUCAACUACCCCUCACUGUCAGCACUCAGUGAGUCUACACACUCAUCCAGCAUCAAUAUUCGUCCUCUGAGAUACUUUGAGGAUGUGACAGCAGCUGUGUCAAAGCUCAGAGAGAAACUACAGAAAAUCCUGAGAGACACAGGGACAAACAUCUCUCUGAAAGUCACUGAAGUGAAUGUUUUACUGCCACAACCAGAACCUGAGACCAGAGCUCAGUUUUUAAAAUAUUCACAAGAAAUCACUUUGGAUCCAAACACAGCAAACAAUAAUCUGUUUUUAUCUGAAGGGAACAGAAAAGUAACAUUAUUUAACAAACAACAGUCUUAUCCUGAUCACCCAGACAGAUUCACUGACUGGCCUCAGGUUCUGAGUAGAGAAAGUCUGAGGAGACGUUGUUACUGGGAGGUGCAGAGGAGAGGAGGAAGAGUUGAUAUAGCAGUUUCAUAUAAGAACAUCAGCAGAGCGGGACAGUGAGAUGAAAGUUUAUUUGGAUUAACUGACAAAUCUUGGUCUUUACGCUAUGAAACAAACGGUUAUACAUUUUGUCACAACAACAUUCAAAUUCCAGUAUCAGGUCCAGUUUCCUCCAGAAUAGGAGUGUACCUGGAUCACAGAGCAGGUGUUCUGUCUUUCUACAGCAUCUCUGACACCAUGACUCUCCUCCACAGAGUCCAGACCACAUUCACUCAGCCUCUAUAUGCUGGAAUCAGGCUGAGGUCUUUUGUUGAUAGAUCCUCUGCUGAGUUCAUUAACCUGAAGUAGUCAGAAUUGAUCUGAGGUCCAGUUGGUCAAAAUGUGUAUUUUAGUUUUGUUUUCAUUUGUCUGCAUCAUGGCUGUUAAGAGCUCAUUGUUGUCAUACGUUUCAAAGAUCAGCUGUCUUAAUGGAGCUACCUUUCAUUUUAUGUGUUGUUUUGUAGAUUACUUAAUUAAUGAUAAUAAUGAUCAUAAUUUGAACUGUAUUGAUCUCACAAUGAA